AGAGAGGGGCAAUGUGUGAGUGGGUGGUGGGGGGUGAAGAGAGAGAAAGUGGGAGAAGAAACAAAACAAUCCCAAGAUUGCAACAACAGGAUGAAGUUGAAGGUGGUCGGAGAGAGGUUCCUCUGAGGCACCAAUUCUCCCUUCUGCCUUUUUCUCAUUCUCUCUCUCAGUUUACCACCCCACCAUUUUCCAUUGCAUUGCGUCAUCACACAUUGUUCAUUCUUCCAUCAAAGGGGCUUCUUUUCCUGCACCCCUUCCUCCCAUCUGCAUGCCCCAGCCCUCAUUGCUGGGAGGCAUUCGAGAGGGAGAUGUUGAGCAAAGGGUUGCAACGAAGAUAUUGCUGAACAAAAUGAGGGACCCUGAUGUGAUCUUCGGACCCAAGAGCUUCAAUUGUUUUUGCUUUCCCUUGUAAUGCACAGGAGAUAAAACAGAUAUUGUCUCGACCAAUUUGGCAUUGCCCUCGCAUAGUUAUGGGAAUCAUAUGGGGGCUCUUUGGAUUGUGGCUCAGAGUUUUUGUUGGAUUGAUUUCUCUAUGCGGAACUCAACAGUGUUGCUCUCUGAACGAUGAAGGUUUAGCGUUGUUGGAAUUUCGGGUAAGAAUAAAUUCUGAUCCUUUUGGUGCUCUGGCAAAUUGGAAUCCAAAUGAUUGCAACCCUUGCAAGUGGUUUGGUGUUCGUUGUGUUGAUGAUAAAGUGCAAAUGCUGGUCCUAACCAAUCUAUCUUUGGAAGGGACGUUGGCUCCUGAGCUUGGGAAACUUAGUCAUCUAAAAUCCAUUGUAUUAUGCAAGAACGGUUUUUCUGGUACUAUUCCCAAAGAACUUGGAGAUCUAGACAAGCUGGAGUUUUUGGAUUUAAGGGAGAAUAACUUGUCUGGAAGUAUCCCAGCAGGAAUGGAUAGAAUGUUGUUGUCAAAACAAUUGUUGAUUUGUGACAAUAAAAUUGAAGGCAGUGAUUCUCUAGAACCCAGAUUCUCUAAUAACAAUUGUUCUACUCCUUUGUCAACUUUGUCUCGUGGCAAAAAGAGAAAGUUUUCACGCCGUAUACAAUUAUUAGACCAACAACAAGAAGAACUACAACAUGGCAUGACAAGUAUGUGGUGUGGAAAUAUCAAGCAAUGGAACAUGGAAGAUUCAUUUAUUAUUCCACUUAAAGGAGCACUCAUAAAAUACCUCAAUGCUGCAGCGGCUCUGCCACUCUUCAAACUUGGAAAGGCUACCCCUCGUGCAUACGAAGAGAAAUAUUGUGACAGUCUGACUGGUUCUGAUGAGUUAGAUAUUGGCCAGAAUGUAUUAAAUCUAGUCAAUUCGGCACGACGUAAGUUGCUUGAUCAGUCCAAUAACCUUGCAGCUGCACCUUUCAGUGGUGGGCCUACUAUAGAGAUCAGUACUAUUCCAUAUACCCAGAGCAGUGGAGCUUUCCCAGCUGUGCCAGAUGCCAAUAAGAAACAAAAUCAGUCUCCAGCACCAUUGCCUCCACCUUCUAAUUCUCCACGUGUAAACCAAGCAAGUCAACAAAAUUCAGCUAAUGGAGCUUCUGAAAAUUUGUGGAAGUAUAUCAUCAUAAUCGCAGGUGUCGCUGUCUUGGUCAUUGUUAUUUUGGUCGUGCUUUGCAUUUGGCGAAAACGAGCAGCAAAAGUAAUAAAGCCCUGGAAGACAGGAAUAAGUGGACAGUUGCAGAAAGCGUUUAUAACAGGGGUCCCCAAGUUGAAUCGGGCAGAACUGGAGACAGCCUGUGAAGAUUUCAGCAAUAUCAUUUAUAGUUUUGAUGAAUGCAUCAUAUACAAAGGAACACUAUCCAGUGGAGUUGAGAUUGCCGUUGAUUCUACUAUUGUUACUUCUGCCCAAGUUUGGUCAAAGAGCAUGGAGACGGCCUAUCGCAAAAAGAUUGCUACAUUGUCCCGUGUUAACCAUAAGAACUUUACCAAUCUUAUUGGGUACUGUGAUGAAGAACAACCAUUUACAAGGAUGAUGGUGUUUGAGUAUGCUCCUAAUGGAAGCUUGUUUGAGCAUUUGCAUGUUAAGGAAGUUGAACAUCUUGACUGGAGCGCAAGGAUGAGGGUCAUUAUGGGCACUGCUUACUGUCUUCAGUACAUGCACCAUGAUCUCAAUCCACCAGUAGCUCAUUCCAACCUCAACUCAGUUUCUAUAUUAUUAACUGAUGACUUUGCUGCUAAGAUAUCGGAGAUCUCUUUUGGCAAGAAUGUGUUAACACCAGCCAACACAAGUGGAGAUGAAUCACAUAAAUCUGAGUUGCCACCGCAGGCUGAACCUGAAACUGAUGUCUAUAACUUUGGAGUAUUGUUGCUUGAAAUCAUUUCUGGGAAACUAACUUACUCUGAAGAACAAGGCCUCCUUGUGAACUGGGCUGCUGAGCACUUGAAUAAUAAGCAAAGCAUCAGCAAUCUGAUCGACCCCAUGCUGGAAUCCUUCAAAGACGAAGAACUUGAUGUCAUCUGUGAUGUGAUCAAAGAUUGUCUUCAAUCUGAUACAAGGUUAAGACCAACAAUGAAGGACAUAACACCCAGAUUGAGGGAAGUGCUUCGCGUGUCACCUGAGCAAGCUGUUCCAAGACUUUCUCCACUCUGGUGGGCUGAACUCGAGAUUUUAUCAUUGGAGACCACUUAAGUUCUAUCUGACUUUCUUCUCUGUGUUGCAACUCAUGUCUCUCUCUAACCAUCACCAUACUGGCAGUUUCUGAUAAUGCUACAUGAUAUAUGCUACUCAAAUUCUUUAAUUCUAUUUGUUCUUUUGCAAGUCCAUAUAGCUAUUCUUGUCCCAGUGGAAGCGUGUUAUGUCAUUUUUCAAGUGGGGUGUUGUAAAUUGUACUUUUGUUGAUGAAGAUUGGGAUGUAAGAAAGUCUUGACAUAUUAUUGAUAUCUCAGUCCAAUGAACAUGCAACUUCUAUUCAAUUA